CCCUGAGGGCACCGACCGGCCCUGCCGCGCCGCCCGCCCGCCCCGCCCGCCGCCUGCCCGCCGCCUCCCGCCGCCAGCGCCGACAUGGAGGCCGUGAACGCCUUCAACCAAGAGCUCUUCUCACUGAUGGAGAUGAAACCUCCUAUUUCCCGAGCAAAGAUGAUUCUCAUCACAAAAGCUGCCAUUAAAGCUAUUAAGCUCUACAAGCAUGUUGUCCAGAUUGUGGAAAAGUUUAUCAAAAAGUGCAAGCCAGAGUACAAAGUGCCAGGCUUGUACGUCAUCGACUCCAUCGUCCGCCAGUCCCGGCACCAGUUCGGAACAGACAAGGAUGUCUUUGGGCCAAGGUUCUCCAAGAAUAUUACUGCCACAUUCCAGUAUUUGUAUCUGUGUCCAUCUGAAGACAAGAGUAAAAUAGUUCGUGUUCUGAACCUCUGGCAGAAAAACGGAGUAUUUAAAAUUGAAAUAAUUCAGCCUCUCUUGGAUAUGGCAGCAGGAACCAGUGCCACUGCACCCAUGGCAGAGAAUGCUACUAACAAUGAAGGCUCGCCGCCCCCUCCGGCCAAGGUUCCCUCGGAGCCCCCGCAAGUGGCCGCGAACUCGGUGCCCGCCGUGCCGCAGCUGCCCAGCUCUGAUGCCUUUGCAGCUGUAGCCCAGUUGUUCCAGACAACACAAGGACAACAGCUCCAGCAAAUCCUACAGACCUUCCAACAGCCUCAGAAGCCGCAGUCACCGGUCAUAGACAACACUGUGAUGGCUCAGGUUCAAGCUAUUACUGCUCAGCUGAAAACCACAGCAGCACAGCCCACAGAGCAGAAAGCUGCUUUCACAGCACCUGAACAGAAAACAUCAUUUGACAAAAAGCUGCUAGAUCGGUUUGACUACGAUGAUGAACCAGAAGCUGUGGAAGAUGCAAAGAAAGAAGAUUCAGCUCCUUCCCCUUCAGUGUCUCAGCCAGCUUUGACCUCUCUCUCAUUCAGUGCACAGGCUGGAUGGUGCUCAAUGCCGGGUGGGUUUCCAGGAGAAGGCAUGCAACAGCCAGUAUUUCCUCAGCUCCCAAAUAUGGAUCCUUUCCAGCAGCGGAUGAUGGGAAUGCAGCAGGAUCCGAUGCGGCACCAGGUGCCGCUUCCUCCGAAUGGGCAAAUGCCAGGUUUUGGUCUCCUGCCUACCCCCCAGUUCCCACCCAUGGCUCAGCCAGUGAUGCCUCCAGCAGCGCCAGUGCAGCCAACUUUCCAGUCUCCCUUCCCAGUCCAGGCCGAGCCACACCUGCAGAAACCCCACCAGCAGGAUGUCGAAGUGGAACAGCCACCCAUUCAGGAGGGAAAGCGACAUGUUUCUGACAGUAGGAAAUCAAGAUCUAGAUCUGCAUCAAGGUCCCCCAAGAGGAGACGCUCGCGGUCGGGCUCGCGUUCGCGCCGCUCCCGGCACCGCCGCUCCCGCUCGCGCUCCCGGGACCGGCGCCGGCGCUCGCCCAAGUCCCGCUCCCAGGAGCGGCGCGAGCGUGAGCGGGAGAAGGAGCGCCGCUCCAAGGGGCUGCCCCAGAUCAAGGCAGAGACCGUCAGCGUUUGCAGUACCACACUCUGGGUAGGACAGCUGGACAAAAGGACAACUCAGCAGGAUGUGGGAAGUCUCUUGGAGGAGUUUGGCCCCAUUGAGUCCAUCAAUAUGAUACCACCCAGAGGAUGUGCCUACAUUGUCAUGGUGCACAGACAAGAUGCCAAUAGAGCCCUCCAGAAACUGAGCCGAGGCAACUUCAAAGUCAACCAGAAAUCCAUCAAGAUUGCCUGGGCUCUGAAUAAAGGAAUAAAGCCAGACUACAAGCAGUAUUGGGAUGUAGAAUUGGGUGUGACUUACAUCCCAUGGGACAAAGUCAAACCUGAAGAUCUUGAAAGUUUCUGUGAAGGAGGAAUGCUGGACAACGAGACCCUUAGUCCAGAGUGGAAGGGAAUUCCCAAGAAGUCUGAAAAUGAAGUGGCUCAGAAUGGAGGUGCAGAAGCUGCACACAAUGAACCAGUGUCACCCAUUCCCAAAGCUUUACCUGUCCCAAUUCCGGUUCCCAUGCCUGCACCAAUAACAGUACCUCCUCCACAGGUUCCCCCCCAUCCAUCAGGGCCUCCCGUGGUUGGUGCACUCCAGCCCCCUGCUUUCACAGCACCUUUAGGAAUCCCCCCUCCUGGAUUUGCCCCCGGGGUGCCACCGCCACCACCGCCUCCAUUCCUCCGGCCUGGCUUCAACCCGCUGCAUUUACCUCCAGGAUUCCUUCCUCCCGGGCCACCACCUCCCAUAACUCCUCCGGUCUCUGUCCCACACACUCCGGCAGUGAACAUCCCAAACUCUACAGCAACAGGUGGGAAUGAGGACACUACAAAGGAGUCGUCUGUAGGAAAUCCCAUCCCAACAGUAGUUUCUGGAGGCAGAGGGAAUGCUGAAAGUACUGACACUUCCAAAAUCUAUGGCACUGUUCCACCUCCUGUAGCACCUACCAAUGUCCCUGCUCCUGUCACCCAGGCUGUUCCACUCCUUGGCACCCAGGGCGUGGCCCCGCCACCGCCCGCGCCCGUGGUGGGGCUGCAGACUCCAUCCACGGGGCUGCUGGGCGCCCGGCCCGGGCUGAUCCCGCUGCAGCGCCCGCCGGGGAUGCCGCCGCCGCCGCCGCUGCCGCGCUUCCCCAUGAUGCCCCCGCGCCACAUGCCCCCGCACAUGAUGCACAGAGGGCCCCCGCCAGGCCCCGGCGGCUUCGGGAUGCCUCCCCCGCACGGAAUGAAAACCCCCUUCCCUCCGCCCGGCCACUUCGUGCGGCCCAGCGGCGGCCCGGGCAGCGGCGGGCCCGAGGAGAACAGGGACGGGCGGCAGUUCAGGAACGACAGGCAGUUCACGCCCAACAGAGACCAGGAGCGGUUCGGGAGGAGAUCCUUCGGGAACCGGGUAGAGAACGACCGGGAGCGCUACAGCAGCCGCGAGGAGCGGGAGCAUGAGCGGCUGGGCAGCCGCGACAGGCGAGACUGGGGACGCCGCAGCCCCGAGCGCGACAGGCACAGGGACUCGGAGGAAAGAAACAGGCGCUCCAGCGGCCACCGAGACAGGGAGAGGGAUUCCAGGGAUCGCGAGUCUCGUAGAGACAAGGAAGAAAGCCGCGGCAAGGAAAAGCCAGAGGUGACAGACAGGGCGGAGGGCGACAAAAACCACGAGUCCCACGGCAGCAAAAUGGAGGGCGCGGAACUUGUUUCAGAACUCACUGCGGGAGACGCCGAACCCGCGGGCGCGAAAGCCACGCCAGAGUCGGUGCCCGAGGCUACCUCAUCCCUGGAACAGGCGGACAAGGACACGGGCUCCGUGGCGGAGGCACCGCGCUAGGGCCGCAGCCUGGCUUGGAGUGUCGAGCUUUAGUUGUACAGUGCUGUAAAUCCGCUUCCGCCCCUGCGCCCCCGACGUGGGGCACUGUGAGCAAUUUGAUUGCUUCCCUUCUAUUUAAAAUAGCCACAACAUAACAUAAAAUACUGAAGAGAUGAUUAAAAUAUUACCCAUUUUUGCUGUAACUUUUUUAAAGUUUUGACUUUAAAAAGUUUACGAAUCAGAAGUAGAAGUGCUUUCUAUUUUUUUUUUAAUUUAAGAAAAGGUAACGGUGAAAGCUCCUCAAAACAAUAGGGAUGUGUUUUUAAUAAACUCUAUUUUCGUAACAAA